AUGUCAGAAAGCGAAUUGACCUUGAUAAAUAAGGUUGAGCUUCGUAUAGCACUAGCAGAAGAUGACAAGAAAUUCGAGGAAACAUUAAAAUUAUAUCUAGCUCCGUUACUCUUGAAAUUGGGUAGUCCUUAUACUGAAGUAAGACAAGCCAUAUUGAAGAUAAUCCAGUACCUAAUUCCUCGAAUUUCUGCAGCAAGAACUAUUAAAUUACCUGUUAAUGCAUUAUUGGACCAAGUCAAAAACCCAAAGCUACCAGCUGGAGAGGGUCCUCCUCUAGUACGAUUGUAUUCGUUAUUACUUAUAUCAAGGUCUAUUGAGAGGUUGUCUCCCGAGGAAAAGAAGGAUUUGGUACCAAAAGUUAUUGAAAAUAUAAGCACGUAUCCUACAAGUGUAACUUCAAGGUUAUUUAAUGUAUUUUGCAAACUUUUAGAUUGUUGGAAAGUUCCAGAAAGAGAUUCAAAAGAAUACAGUGAAAUGAACAUAUUUUUACGUUUUGAUAAACAUCCUCAGGAUGAAGAGUUUCUUUCCAGAGCGAUAAGUAAAUUUCUAUUAUUGCAGCCCAACUCAACUACUAACCCACUUCAAUCUCCUGGUUUAAGUACAGCAGAUACGGCUUUUUUUACGCAAGAUGCUGGUGUAUCCUACAAGUCAUCACAGGAAAUAUAUGCGGUCAAGUUACGUUUAUUAGAAUUUCUAAAAUCUGGUUUUCAAUCGAUAAAUAUGGCUAUUCCCUUGUUGAUUGCGUCUUGUGAUUCAUCAUCUUCAAUCAGUGACCCAUCAGAAAUUCUUUUCAGAAAGCUUGACAUAAAUCUUGAAGAUUCUUCAUUUAUUAAUUCAUUAGUAGAGUUAUUUCUCGGCUCAUCUGCAACAUUUACUCCCCCUGUUGGACCUGUAUUACAGGAAAGAAUUCUAUCUAUAUUACUCAAAAGCCAGUAUGCAGCUAAGCAUUCGGAUAUAUCAAAACUAUCUAGUGUUGCAUUAGCAUCUGAUUAUUCUAAGUUGAAAAGGACGGCUGUCCAUUUUAUAAAAUGGGUAAGUAAAAAUAAUGCUGAGAACGAAAGCCUUGAAUCAGUUAAAGAAUUUAAUAUUGACAUGGCGGCUCAACUCAGGAGUAAUUUAAUGGGCGAAGGCUGGCCUCGAAUAGAUAUGGCCGGCGUCAGAAACUAUUCUUCCGCUAUUAAUCAACGGCUGUUACAAUACGAAGCAUUGGGGAAUAUUUUAAAAUCUAACCCUGAGUUGAUUUUGGAAGAUUUCACAUACUUUGAAUUUUUAUUUCAGUCACUUGAGGGAGAGGAAUCUGAUUUAAGAUCGGCCAUUCAAGAUGCACUCUCUGGGUUGACUAUUCACUUACCAAAAAUUUCUACAAUCUCAAAAAAUAAGCUCAAAGCUUUGGCUAAAAAGUAUCUCAGUGAAGAUAAAAUUGAAUUAAAAGAAAAUUUACAUUCCUGUCGAUAUAUUGCAAUAAAAUACAUAAAUUGUGCUUUCCCGUUUAGCGAUUCAGAAGCGAGAGUUUUAUGCAUUUUUGGAACGUCGAAGGAUAAUAGACCAGAUACUAUUGAAGAAGCACAAAGAGGUCUUCACCCAUAUUGGUUCAAUAUUUUGCAAUCUUCCAAUACACUUGAAUUUAGAGCGACUUCUGAUUUACUAGGUAGUAACUCUAAGGCGGAAUUUCCAUCCUUUUCUGACAUUGUUUUUACAUUGAAAGCAGAAUUAAAUACCGCCGAAGAUCAAAAAAAUUCUACAUUGUUUGGUUGUAUGGCAUGUGGUAUUCAAUUUAUUCUCCACACGUUGGUUAUGCAGUCAAUUUCUAGUAAGUCUACAGUCGUUGUACCAGAUGAAGAGUGGUUAGUGAGAAUUGACAAGGCUAUUGAUGUCGAUCGAACCGUUAUUGAUUGUUUGAUAAAAGAGAUUAGAUUGGUUUCUCAAGAAGACUCUACAAUGGAUAAUAAUUCUAAGUCUUAUGAAAGCUCUUUCAGGGUAUUUUUAUCAAUCAUAUUUGAUUGUUUUAUUGGCCAAUAUAGAAAUAAUAAUAAAAUUUUAUCCAAUAUUACUUACGGUACCAUAUUUACGAAAUUAAUAUCAUUAUCUCCUUCAAGCGUUAUUGAAAAGCUGGCUCCAUUUAUAUCUGAUUUAUUACUGAUAUCAAACGAUCGAUCUUUGAAUGAAUCUUCAUCCAUACAGAUUGCCAAAUCAAUCGGUGUUAUUGCAAGUCAUCCAAUUAAUGACAAUUUGGGAAUUAAUAACUUACUCAAUAACCUAGUAAUAGAGGACUUGCAGAGUCCGCCUUUGAAGAGCAAAUUACUUAUUGCUGCUUAUGUGUUGUCUAGACUAGCUCUCCGUAAAAGAAUCGAGUUUAUUGAUUCUGAAUUGCUAGUUGCAUUUUGUGAUAAGCUUUUGGAUGCGCUUCAAAAUCUGAAUACUUAUAGCAUUAGCUUAGAAUGUGUUUCGCAAAUAGCAAUAUUUGGUGUCUUGGGCCCAGAGCUUGAAGUUGACGUCAGAGUUAAAACAUUCGUGAGCAAAUUCGUUGAAGAAAUUAAACCAAGGGUCAAAAAGUGUGAUGAGAGGUCUGUUUUGACGUUAUCUCAUCUUGCCAUGGCUUGUAAUGAUGCAACUGAUACAAAAAAACUUAACGAAUAUGAAAAAUUGGUGUAUGAUACUCAUGUUUCCAAACAAAUUGAAUAUGUAUUUACAAGUGGAGAAGCUUUUACUAUUCUCGCAGCUGGAUGGGAUUCUAAAGUUCUUGAAAGACAAAUGGAUAUUCAAGAUGAGUCCAUAGAGUAUAUCCCAUCGAAUACUUUAAGGCUUCCAUUAAUUUUGAAAGUUACAUUAGAGUCCUGUAAUAAUACUAAACCUUCUUUGAGAAAAGCAGGAUGUAUCUGGUUGUUGUCUUUAGUUCAAUACUGUGGUCAUCUCAGCGAUAUUAAAGACCGUGCUACAGAGAUUCAUCUCACGUUCAUGAGAUUUUUAGCUGAUAGAGAUGAACUAGUUCAAGAAUCGGCAUCCCGUGGUUUAAGUAUUGUUUAUGAAAUGGGAGAUCAUAAUUUAAAAGACACCUUAGUACGUGGCUUGUUAAAAUCGUUCACUGAUUCUAAUUCAUCGACAUUAGCAGCAGGUUCGGUUGGCCAUGAAACUGAGUUAUUUGAACCUGAUUUAUUGAAGACAAAUGAUGGUUCGGUAUCAACAUAUAAAGAUGUUUUGAAUUUGGCAUCUGAUGUUGGUGAUCCUAGUUUAGUUUAUAAAUUUAUGUCCUUAGCAAAAUCUUCUGCAUUAUGGUCUUCAAGGAAGGGAAUGGCUUUUGGUUUGGGAUCAAUUUUAUCUAAAUCUAGUCUUGAUGAAUUAAUUUCGUCUAACAAGGGCCUAGCUAAUAAGUUGAUUCCUAAAUUAUACAGGUACAGGUACGAUCCGAACUCUUCUGUUUCCAAAUCAAUGAAUGACAUAUGGAAUGCAUUGAUUAAAGAUUCUUCGAAAACAGUUAACGAUAAUUUUGAUUUAAUUUUAAAUGAAUUAUUGAAAGAAAUGGGUAAUAAGGAAUGGCGUGUUCGACAAGCAAGCACUGCUGCGCUCAACGAUUUAUUGCAAACUGUCCCUUUGGAAGCAUAUGAAGAAAGUAUUGAGCAAAUUUGGGGUAUGAGCUUUAGAGCAAUGGAUGAUAUAAAGGAAAGUGUCCGUAAGGAAGGGUCUGGCUUGACAAGGUCAUUAGCAACAACAUUGACAAGAACAGCCGAUGUUAAAUCUGGCGUAUCUACUAAUAAAGCAAAGAAAGUUCUUACUAAUUUGAUACCAUUCUUGUUAGGUUCUAAGGGUUUACUUUCAGACGCUGAAGAUAUUAAGAAGUUUGCAUUAGAUACGAUAUUAAAAUUAUGUAAAGUGGGAGGAUCGGCAAUCAAGCCAUUUAUACCAAACUUGCUUGACAAUUUUAUUAAUCUUAUGUCAUCUUUGGAGCCUGAGGCAGUUAAUUAUCUUGUAUUGAAUGCAGAUAAAUAUAACAUGAAAAGUAAUGAUAUUGAUGCUCAAAGAUUACAGAGUCUCGGGCAUUCACCAAUGAUGGAUGCUAUUGAAAAAUUAUUAGACUCGCUAGAUGAUUCUUUAAUGCCAGGUACAGUGCAAAUCUUACAACAAUCAAUUAAAAGAUCAAUAGGCUUACCAUCAAAAGUAUGUGGUAGUAGGGUUUUAGUAAGUUUAGUUAUUAAACAUCUUGAGCUUGUUAAGCCCUACGGUGACCAGUUAUUGAAGACAUGUAUUAAUCAACUCGGUGACAAAAACGAUACUAUUGCAUCAUCUUAUGCUACAGCUGCAGGAUAUUUGUGCCGAAUUUCAUCGAUUGAUAAAAUUAUUGAAUACUCCAAAGUUUUACUGAAACUUUACUUUGAGAGCGAUGAUGAUAGAAGUAGGGAGAUUGCAGGUAUUGGUAGUGAGAGUAUGUCAAAGUAUUCUGGUGAUAAGUUUGAAUUAGUUUUAUCUGCAUUUUUGCCUCUAGCAUUUAUUGGGAAGUAUGAUAGUGUAAAAAGUGUCAAAAAACCGUUUGAAAGAGAAUGGAUCGAAAGUACAUCUGGUAAUAACUCAAUCAAGUUGUACAUGAAAGAAAUUUGUGACAUCUGCGAAACCUAUUUAACUUCUAAUCAAUAUGGAAUAAGAAAAACUAUUGGGAAGGCUAUAGUAGCUUUAUGUGAUUCUAUUGAAGAAACUACGACCUUCCCCCAACAGAUCAUGAAUGAAUUAUUCAAUAUUUUGAUUGAAGCAUGCAAAGGAAAAUCCUGGUCCGGGAAAGAAUUGGUAUUAGAAUCACUUGUGUCAAUUUCCGUAAAAUCCAAGUCGUUGAUUAAUAAUGACAAUGUAUUAUUCAACAAGCUAAACAAAGUGAUUUUGACAGAAGCAAAGAGGAGAAAUAAAGAAUAUCAAAAACACGCAGUUAAGCUAAUGGGCAAGUAUUUGAAGGAAUUUCCGUCUGAUGAGUUAGUAGAAACAUAUGUGGGCUUGAUGACUGAUUUGUUAUCUGAUGCUUAUUAUGAAGAUUCAGACGACGAAAUGGAAGAUGAGAAGCCUGGUAAGAUAAUGGUUAAGUUGGAAGAGGACAGAUUAUUGUUCAUUCAAAAUUUAUUCGACACAGUAGCCAUGCCAAUCAAUAAUAGUUUAUGCAAAUUAAUGUUGAAAAGUUCAAUCAACUUGUUCAAGUCAAAAAUUGAUGUUACGUGGAGAUCAAAAGUUCAAAUCAAUCAGUGUCUUUUGAGUUUUAUUAAAGACUUGAUUAGCAAUGACAUAACCAUUGAUAAUGAAGAAAUGGAACUACUAUAUAGUAAUUGGAAAUUAUUGGAAGGUGAGUGCUUGCAAUCAAAUAGCAUUGAAAAUGUAAAAAUUCAAUUCAUAAGAUUUAGCAGGAUACUUAUUAUGUACUUCGAAAAGGUAAACGAAGUCAAGAAGGCUCAAAAUCUUACAAGUUCUUUAACAGAAUUUCGGAAUACUGAAAAUUCGGCAAUUAUUCAAAGUGAGUUAUUAAAGGUUAACGAUUAA